GGAACCACGAAGAAGAGUCGUGUGAACAAGGAAGUAACUAUUUUUACAGGAAGCGUAAAGCUGCCUUUUGUUUAUUUUUGUCUUUGUUUUGUGUACCGAGCCGUUGGCCGUUUCCCGUCGGGGCAGUUGGCUAGAUCGACUAAUAGGUUGUCGUUCACCUGAUGUGUUUCUAUUAAGUUUAUUUUUUUAUGACAGUUGACGAGAUUUGGCGUUAGCGUCACACGCUAACAACAGAGCUAACAGGAGCUAACGGGCCUGGAGGCCAAGAAGGGAUACAGCUACGGCGACGACAGUUAAGUUUAGGCACUAAAACGAGUACUUAAGUUAAGGAAAAAGAUCGUGGUUUGGAUUUAAAACGACGAAUGAACACACGUUCCCUGUGUGAAAGUGUUAAACUUUUAUUAUUGUUAUAUUAGCCGAGAUUUUGCGUAACUUCUGGCUCGUAGCUGUAUCUCUUCUAGCCCCAAUCGCCGUCUGUUCAUUGUAUCCCUGUUUAUGUCAAACAGCUGGGGGGUUUUAAGCUUUUAAAAACGUUAGAUACCAGUGGGAACAGAGCGCCAGGGCCGCUGUCACACGUUCACCACCCAGGCCAUGUAUGCCCCGCCGGGGACCGCUGUCCCGGGAGGCCGGAGGCGGAGAGGAGGCACCUCCGUGCCCAAGCAGCCGGAGCGGAGCCUGGUGUCGGCGCUGCCCGGGGCUCUCUCCAUCACGGCGCUGUGCACGGCGCUGGCAGAACCAGCCUGGCUCCGCGUGCACGGAGGCACCUGCCCGAAACAAGAGCUGGGGGUGGCGGAUGUCCUCGGGUACAUUGACCCCAAGCUUCUGGACGAUUACUGUGUGAACCCGCAGACCGUGCUGCUGAUGAGAGUGAUCGCGGCCUUCUGUUUCCUGGGCAUCCUGUGCAGCCUGACUGCUUUCCUCCUGGACGUGUUCGGACCCAAACACCCGGCCCUGAAGAUCACACGCAGAUAUGCAUUCGCACACAUUCUCACAGUGUUGCAGUGUGCCACGGUCAUCGGCUUCUGCUACUGGGCGUCGGAGCUCAUCCUGUCCCUGCAGCAGCAGCACAAGAAGUACCACGGCUCGCUCAUCUACGUCACCUUCGCCAUCAGCUUCUACCUGGUGGCGGGGGCGGGCGGCGCCUCCAUCCUCGCCACGGCCGCCAACCUGCUGCGCCACUACCCCACCGAGGAGGAGGAGCAGGCGCUGGAGCUGCUCUCCGAGAUGGAGGACAGCAGCGAGACUUUCCCCGCCGACUAUGACAUCGCCAAUCAGUUUCAGCCGCCGCCGGCGUACACACCGUAACGACCGCCGCGCUCCGGCCUUUUGCUAAACACUCGCUUCUCUCUCUCUCUCUCUCUCUCUCUCUCUCUCUCUCUCUCUCUCUCUCUCUCUCUCUCUCUCUCUCUCAGCACGGCUUUUGGCUCGAUGAGCAAAACCUCCCCCCCUCACACUCUUUAUCAAAUGGAUAUCGUUGCGAAAUAUCUCGCCGUAACGAGCGCGGCGUGCGCGGUCUGUGCGCAAAACUUGAUUGAUUGAUUGACUGACUGACUGACAGACAGCGAGCUUUGGGUGCAUGAAAGCCUUUUCUUUAGCUGUGGCAGAAAAUGUAGGAGAUGAUUCUUAACGCUCACCACUGAAGCUGUUUGUGAUUUGCAUGUAAAUGGCGUUUAGAGUUCGGUUCUUUACAUGUAACGCAAACUUAAAACCGCGGGGAGCGCUUUAACAUCACGAGUUACGGACGAAGCCGCGGCCGGAUCAGUGCCGGGUAGACCAAGCUGUCGGCAGAUUGUCAAGAGGUUCGAUGCUCGUUUUGGAGCUUUGUUGAAGGACUAUUCCGGCGCAAAAUGUACCUAGGGGUUAAUAGCGUGUGUGCCGUGUCGAGCGCUCUCUGGGACAUGUUUUCGUAGUAAUCAAAUGCGUAGCUAGCUUCAGCUAGCUUUAGCGUGAACCGGUGAUUAGCUUGCAACGCUAGCAUUCAGUAACCUGACUCCUCCAGGUGGAUCGCUUCCCAUUAGCUCGGCAUAUCCAUCUGGGAACUUUCCGUUGGAGAACUUUUGGGAAGGGGGCGAAAAUCCUGGUUAUCUGAUUGGAUAAACCAUCUGUCUAUCUACCACCUAU